GCCUAAAAAAGCGAUGAGAUCGCACAAAUAACCAGUGUGAAGUGCAAUAUAGCUGUGUUCUUUUCCCGGAAUCGACUGCGCAAAAAAAAAUCGCAUCUACAGUCAGUUUUCCAUUUUUGUGCUUCAUAGCCUAAACGCAGGGCUGUUAGUAACCUACUCGGUAUUCCUUCACACAAUUGUGGGGGUGGGGUACUCAUGUGCAAAGAUGUGAGACAAGAGACAGGUGAUGCGCUCUCUGCAUGCAUCCUGUCUUCAACAGGGGGAGCACAGCCACGGAACGAACGGUCGAACAGCAUGAGGUGAGGGAUUCUUCCACUCGUCAUAUAUAAGCAGAACAGGGACCAUGCAAGCAACCGAGUGGAGAUUUGAGCAGCUGUAUCAUCAUACGGAUCAUUCAGGCAUCCUUUCACUCUAAAAGCGUUCUCUUUUUACCGACGUUGAAUGACGAGGCGGAAUGGCAGGUGGACGUCGAGGACUUGUGGCCCCACAAAACACUUUUCUUGAGAACAUCGUCCGAAGAUCCAAUGUUUGGACAUUAUCACAUAGACAGACAGAUACCAACUUUGUUCUGGGCAAUGCCCAGAUUGUGAACUGGCCCAUUGUGUACAGCAACGACGGCUUCUGCAAGCUCUCCGGUUACCACCGUGCUGAGGUCAUGCAGAAGAGUAGCACCUGCAGUUUCAUGUAUGGGGAGCUCACAGACAAGGAGACGGGUGAGAAAGUGCAACAGAUCUUUGAGAAUUAUGAGAUGAAUUCGUUCGAAAUUCUCAUGUAUAAGAAGAAUCGGAUGCCGGUGUGGUUCUUUGUUAAGAUCGCUCCUAUCAGGAAUGAGCAGGACAAGGUGGUGUUGUUUCUGUGCACCUUCAGUGACAUCACUGCAUUCAAACAGCCCAUUGAGGAUGACUCUGUGAAAGGAUGGGGUAAAUUCGCUCGGCUCACUCGGGCCCUGACGAGCAGCCGGGGAGUGUUGCAGCAGCUGGCGCCCACCGUCCACAAGGGCGAGAACGUCCACAAGCACUCUCGUCUGGCUGAGGUUCUCCAGCUGGGCUCAGACAUCCUCCCCCAGUACAAGCAGGAGACGCCUAAAACUCCUCCCCACAUCAUCCUCCACUACUGCGCCUUCAAGACCACCUGGGACUGGGUCAUCCUCAUCCUGACCUUCUACACAGCCAUCAUGGUGCCCUACAACGUCUCAUUCAAGACCAAGCAGAACAACGUCACCUGGCUGGUGGUGGACAGCAUCGUGGACGUCAUCUUUCUGGUGGACAUCGUGCUCAACUUCCAUACCACGUUUGUGGGGCCAGCCGGAGAGGUCAUCUCGGACCCCAAGCUGAUCCGGAUGAACUACGUCAAGACGUGGUUCGUCAUCGACCUGCUCUCCUGCCUGCCGUACGACGUCAUCAACGCCUUUGAGAACGUUGAUGAGGGCAUCAGCAGUCUCUUCAGCUCCCUCAAAGUAGUCCGUCUGCUUCGCUUGGGCCGGGUGGCCCGUAAACUGGACCACUAUAUUGAGUACGGGGCCGCUGUCCUGGUCCUGCUGGUGUGCGUCUUUGGCCUGGCCGCCCACUGGUUGGCCUGCAUCUGGUACAGCAUCGGCGACUACGAGGUCAUCGACGAGAACACCAACAGUGUGAGGAUGGACAGCUGGCUCUACAUAUUGAGCGAAUCGGUGGGGACGCCGUACCGCUUCAACGCCAGUGGCUCCGGUAGGUGGGAGGGCGGGCCAAGCAAGGACUCGGUCUACAUCACUUCCCUGUACUUCACUAUGACCAGCCUGACCAGCAUCGGCUUCGGCAACAUCGCCCCCACCACCGACGGAGAAAAGCUCUUCGCCGUGGCAAUGAUGAUGAUCGGAUCACUCCUGUAUGCCACCAUCUUCGGUAACGUGACCACCAUCUUCCAGCAGAUGUACGCCAACACCAACCGCUACCACGAGAUGCUCAACAGUGUCCGCGACUUCCUCAAGCUCUACCAGGUGCCAAAGGGCCUCAGUGAACGCGUCAUGGACUACAUUGUCUCUACAUGGUCCAUGUCUAGAGGCAUCGAUACAGACAAGGUGUUGCAGAUCUGCCCCAAGGACAUGCGGGCGGACAUUUGCGUCCAUCUUAACAGAAAGGUGUUCAAGGAGCACCCAGCCUUCCGACUGGCUAGCGACGGGUGCCUACGGGCUCUGGCCAUGGAGUUCCAGACCACCCACAGUGCCCCUGGAGACCUCAUCUACCACGCGGGCGAAAGUGUAGACAGCCUCUGUUUCGUGGUGUCCGGGUCCUUGGAGGUCAUCCAGGACGAUGAGGUUGUGGCCAUAUUAGGAAAGGGAGACGUGUUUGGGGACGUCUUCUGGAAGGAGGUGACCCUAGCCCAGGCUUGCGCCAACGUUCGGGCCUUGACUUACUGCGACCUCCACGUCAUCAAGCGUGACGCUCUGCAGAAAGUUCUGGAGUUCUACACGGCCUUCUCCAACCACUUCUCCCGCAACCUGCUGCUCACCUAUAACCUCAGAAAGAGGAUAGUGUUCCGGAAGAUCAGUGAUGUGAAACGUGAGGAAGAGGAGAUGCUCAAGAGGAAUAACGAGGCCCCUCUGAACCUUCCUCCGGACCACCCCGUCCGUCGCCUCUUCCAGCGCUUCCGGCAGCAGAGGGAGGCGCGACUGGCAGUGGAGCGAACCUGUCAGGGGGAGCCACCAGACGUGGAGAAGGGCACUGUCCACCUGGAGCAAACCAAGGUCCAUGAGGUCCUCGCCUCCACCAGCAUCAUCAUGGUGACCGAGAGCCCAGCUACUCCCACAGCUUCAUCCACAUCUUUGUCUUUGUCCUCCAGGCCCUCUAGCCGAGUCAUGCUUCAUGCCCCUGCCAUCCAAAACGGCAACCUCGUAGGCUGCAAGUCCGCAGAGCCUGCGCCAAAGACCAAAAAGGGCUGGGGUCGUUUCAAGGAGUCUGUUGUGAAAGCAGAGUCGUGGAGCAGCGUUUCUAAGGCCGAGUCCAUGGAGACCUUGCCGGACAGGACUAAGUCCCAUAAUGAGAUGUCUCUCAAGAAGACGGACUCUUGUGACAGCGGUAUUACUAAGAGCGACCUGCGCUUAGAUAACGUGGGUGACGCCCACACUCCGCAGGACCGGAGCCCUGUGCAGUCAGAAGGGAAGCUGGUUGUCUGUCCUAUACCCGUACAGACCAUGCACGCCUCUUUCCUGGAGCUGAAGCAGGAACUUAGGGGAGACAUUGGGUCUCUUAAUGGCCGCAUGGCGGUGGUGGAAGCACAGCUGGCCGAGAUGCUUCAACUACUAAAAUCGAAAAAGGCCUCUAGUUCGAGAAAAGCCUCUCACUCAUCCAGUUUCUUUGAGAUGUCACGACCAGCAUCCCCCAAUUCCCAUAAGGACGACAGCUUCUCACAAUCUUGACACUGCAUGUUUUGUCAGUCUAUGCAGUGUUUCCCAACUCCAGUCCCUGAUUACCAACAACAGUACACAUUUUUGUUGUAGCCCCGGACAAGCACUGAUUCCUGAUUCAACUUGUUAACGAUCAAGCCCUCAAUGAGUUGAAUCAGGUGAGUUUGUCCGGAGCUACACCAAAAAUGUGUGCUGUUGGGGGUACUCGAAAGGGAGUUGUGAAACAUUGGUCUAUGGAACAUGAAGUGAAUGCAUCCUAGAAUUCAUCCAGGAGCUGGCUGUGGUGUAGCAAAAUUGUGAGAGAGGUUUUGUGAAGACUUGGGCAGUAAGAUGUUCCUAAAUUAGUACAGAUGAGUAAUGAAGGAUUUUCUUACCAUAUUAUUAUUAUUAUUAGAUAUAUGGGGUAAUCUGGAUUUUUUUUAAAUGCACAUCUGGAUUAUCUCUGCACCUUGAGGUACAUUCUGUGCGAUAUUCCAUCGAUCUACUUUUGUAGGGGUUCAAACUGUAAACUGCAUAAAUAACGCUUUUGUUGUCUAAUUUCUUUUCAAUUGGAUUCGUUUUAGUUUUAAUUUGGUCACACUUUUCACAUGGUAAAAUGACUAACCCCUUAAGGAGGUUUUCAUCAAAUCUGUGCACUCAAUUGAAAUUAGCAAUAAUAUUUUAUUGCAUUGAUAUAGUUUUUCACCUGGUCUCAAAGCACUUCAACUUGCAGGGAGUGAUGUGGCCAUGAUAACAUGAGCAGUGUGGAGCAACAGCGAAGAUGCACAUAUCUGAAACGACAAUGUCCACAGCGAAGAUGCACAUAUCUAAAAUGACAAUGUCCACAGCGAAGAUGCACAUAUCUAAACUGACAAUGUCCGCAGCGAAGAUGCACAUAUCUAAAAUGACGAGGUCCAUUGUUAUUUACACCAUUGCUCUCUCCUUGUGGUAUUAAAAUGAAGGGAAAUGAAGGGAAAAUCAUGAUUGUGAACUUUCAAUGUAUGGUGGAAACCAUGGCAUCUUUUCAACCAACAUCCAUCCUAAAUUGUUAUGGGAAGAAAUCAAUGUGAAUUUGUCUAAACUAUGAAACCUUUGUGCAUUUUGGGUCAUCACUGUUGAUAUAAUAUGCAAAGUAUUGCCAUCUAUAUUGUGUCUUUAGCAUUUGAAUUGCUAAAUUGCUAAUGUUAAAGGAGUAAAAGGAGAUACUUGUACAGACAGGUCCAGAAUUAUUGGAACCCUUGAUAAAGAUGGGCAAAAAAGACUGUAUAAAAUAAACAAUACAAAUACUACAAUUGCUCAGAGAAAGAGAUUUUGUUUAACAAAUAAUAAUUGUUUUCUCUUAAAAAAAGAUAGGGAUCCCCCCUGUUUUCAAUAUACUCCGGCACCCUCCCCCUUGCGUGGAUAACGGCACCGACUUUUUCUGAAAUGUUUUAUGAGAUUGGAGAACACAUUGGGAGGGAUCUUAGACCAUUUCUCCAAACAGAAUCUUUCCAGAUCCUUGAUAUCCUUUGUCUACACUUAUGGACUGCCCUCUUCAAUUCAAAACACAGGUUUUCAUUGGGGUUCAAGUCCGUAGACAGAAAGCCGUUGCAAAAUAUUGAUUUUGUGGUGAAUUAACCAUUUCUUUGUGUAUUUUGAUAUGUGCUUGGGGCCUAUUGUCUUGCUGGAAGAGCUACUUGCGGCCAAGUUUCAUCCUCCUGGCAGAGGCAACAAGGUUUUUGGGCUAAAAUGCCCUAGUGCAGUACUUGGUAAAGUUCAUGAUACCGUUGACCUUAACAAGGGCCCCAGGACCAGUGGAAGCAAAAUAGCUCAUAACAUCAAAAGAUCCACCACCAUAUUUUAAAGUAGGUAUGAGGUUAUUUUCUGCAUAUGCAUUCUUAUUUUGAAGCCGAACCCACCACUCCUGUGCGUGGCCAAAGAGCUCUAUUUGCACAGGUUCCAAUCCAAGUGCCAAUGCAAACUCCAAGCGUUGCUCUCAAUGAAGUUUUUCUGGCAACCCUUCCAAAGAGCCUAUUUGCAUGGACGUGGCAUCUAAUUCUAAGACUUACUUGGUGACCUGAAGUUUUCCAUAAUUUUCCAUCUUUGGCCCUUCAAUUUUUCUUUACCUCCCUUUACCUCUUAAUUGUUGACAUAAUAGUGGUAAGUGGGAUAUUUGUUUGUUAAGCUAUUUGUUGUUCCUGUUGUGAGUUUUUCGCAUUUUCCCAUGGCGAUUGAUGAUACAUUUACAUGUGUGUUACCUCGUUUUAGAAGUUAACAGGGAGCCAUGGAAGACCACAAUACAGUUAUUUAAUGAGAUUAAUUUAAAAAGAAUGUUAAUGCAGAUUUUGUUUGUUUUUAUAAGAAUCUUUAGCGGUUCCAAUCAUUUUGAACUGUAUCUUUUUAAAAUAUAUAUUUUCUCUGUGCAAUUGUAUUAGUAGAAAAAAAACAGUUUACUGUGCACUUGGGAAGUUUUCAAACCCCUUGACUUUUUCCACAUUUUGUUACGUUACAGCCUUAUUCUAACAUGGAUUAUAUUGUUUUUUCCUCCCCUUUUCAAUCUACACACAAUACCUCAUAAUGACAACGAAAAAACUGUUUUUUUAGAAAUGUUUGCAAAUGUAUAAAAAUACUACUGAAUAUCACAUUUACAUAAGCAUUCAGAACCUUUACUCAGUACUUUGUUGAAGCACCUUUUGCACUGAUUAAAACUGAGUCUUCUUUGGUAUGAUGCAACAAUCUUGGCACACCUGUGUUUAGGGAGUUUCUACAGAUGUUUCUCUGCAGAUUCUCUCAAGCUCUGUCAGGUUGGAUGGGGAGCACCGAUGCACAGCUAUUUUUUAUAGCAAAGAUACACCCCCUUAGUCUACAUGACAAACAACAGAUGUGUGGAAUGGGUCACAUGGUUAGGAUUUGUAUGAAAGAAAUGAAUCAUUCACAGCAGACUAUCUACUGUAAAGACUGUUCUCAUUGUGUGGAAACCAGUCUAGCCCCCAAAACAAGGUUCCCUUCAUCAUUAUCCAUACCCAAGCCAUCUCUCCCUCGUACCUUCCAGUCAGACUUGAGCAGUCAGAUCUCUCUCACAUGAAUGGAAUGUGGCUUGUUAGGUUUAUCACCUAAGGCAUCGUAAAUCUACUAUCAGCAUUAAGCCCCAGAGGCCCACUCUCAGUUCACACAGACACAUUAGAGUUCUAAGAACCCUAUUCUGUUGCAAAGAACAACCAUUUUAUGCAAUAACAGUAUUAUAACAUAAUCUUGUAG